AUGGUUAGUCAUUGGAAAAAGUGUUUACUGUGGCUAGUCAUCGCCCUCCUCUGUCAGCUCUUGGCAGCCCAGCAACUGCAGGGACCUCCGCGACCCAGGGGGCGUAUACGCAUUGCGGAUAUGCAGCCACCGGCAGGACCGGUAUCUGGUCCUGGUCCUCUGGGUAAUUGGCCUAGUUUGCCAGCUGUGGGCCCCAUCAGCUCCACAGUGCACACGCACAUCCCUCUGCUGCGGGAGGAGAGUGCUCAGCGGCCACUGACACCCAGCCAGGAGGCGGUGGUAUAUGGCAACUGGAAGCCAGAGCACCCAGAGAAGCCAGAAGAGCUGGCAGAAAAAGAUAAAGAGGCAGAGAUGGAGAUGGAAACAGAUUCUAGUCAGCAGCCCAGGGAGCGGGUGUAUGGACGCCUAGAGGCCAUGCUCAUGGGCUUGCCAGCAAAUACUGCCGAUUCAAAACUUUCCAGUUCCAGUGAAGAGCAAACGGCACCCAUAGCUCCCGGUAGCUAUCAGAACCCCGUUUAUGCUCCUCCCGCCAGCUAUGAACGUUCCCCAGAGAAGCAUGGAAGAAAGAGGAUCACCAGCCAGCAGACUCCUCAUCAGUUCGAGGUCACCCGUGUAAACAACACAGAUCCCGCACUCAAAGCCGUGGCUAAGCAGAUCAAUGAGUCUGCAGAGACAACCACGACCACACGCAGAAAUACCCAGAGCACCACCGACGAUACAUGGAUGCCACUGCCAUACCCAUAUCCCUACGACACCACAAUGCCUUCUCCGCCUGCGUCGAGCUCUAUGAUUCCAGGCUUUAUGCAAUCCUCGGUGGUGCACCCACCAGCGCCCACUCAGGCCACCCACUCCACCGCUGGCCUGCUCAACUGGCCCACCGAUUUCAUUGAUAGCACUUCGAAUACGGCUAGCACGGAACGCAUUGAUGGUACCAUUCCAGCGAAUAUAGACAGGCGAGACGACAGCAUCAGCGAUUCUGCGGACGAUUACAAGUACUACGAGGAGUCCCUAAACUCCGCCCAGAUGCACAGCGAGCUGAGUGUGCCGGAGACGCUGCCCUUGAAUAUAACCCGGGUGGGCAUUCCCUACGAGGAUCGGAAUGCAUCCGAAGAGCCAACCAUCUGUGUGCCGCUCACUGUAUCGGAGGCGUCGCUCUCCUCGGACAGUGUCACACCCCUGGUGGUGGAAGUAGAGCGUGUCUACUGCUUCCCACUGCCCAAGGUGGAAGUGCGUAGGGGUCAAGUCCGGCCGCAGGUGGAACAGGUGACCCGAACGCAUCAGGAGGAGGAGGAGUUACGUGAAACGGAGAUGCAGCCAACGGAUCAGGCAAUGCCGCCAAUGGAUGUAGCAGCGGGAGCCUCACGAAGUUCAGUUGGAGUACUGGCGUUGUCCCUCCUCCUCGUUGGAUGGAGCUUGCGACCAGGAAUUAGUACCUAA